GCGGCGCCACGGUUCGUCGCGACGCUCAGUCUACCGGCGUCGUCCGUGCAAACGCGUUGAACUGCCGGAUUGUCAGCUCGAUUCGCGCGGAAUUCCAACCCCCCUUUUCGAUCGCGCGCGGUGCCGGCUCGAAAUUCGCGUCGCGUGCCGCCGAAUCGUGGCACCUGGUGUUCCAGCUUUAAACUUGAAUCAUUUCCGACUGAGUUCGAUUUGAUAUCGAUGCCGACGUUUUAUCGUGUUCCAAAGUUCUUAUUAAUAGCAGUAAAUACUACUUGACACCCUUCUAAAUGAUUGAACUGUGUUUUGAAAGAUGUUGCGGUUAAAGAUUGUUAUUUGAAGUAUAUAAAAUAUGUUUAUAUGAUAAAUUAACUUUUGUGUUGUGGAUAAUAUCGGGAGGUUUGACAGGACGGUUCAGUGAUUUGUUUAUUAUAUGAAAUGAAUGGAUGUUUGAUUUGAGUAUAAGGUAAAUAUUGAGUGGGGAGGAUUGUCGAAAGUUCAAGUGAAAGUGGGAGGAUUUUAAUAGAAGUGAUUGUGAAGGUUGAGUAGUGUUGACCUCGUUUUUGGAUUGUUGUUUGAGUUGUGUUUAUAGAGAAUUUGGAGUAACUCGGAAUUUUCCUGGCCGUUUUAUGUGGGGUUGAAGUUUUUUAAGUGGAGUUUUAGUGGUUCAGGGGUUGACGGUGUUUUCGAUUGGUGGUGAUUUCGAUGCUGGUGCCUGGUGUCUCGUUGAAGGAGCAGCGAUAAGAAGGGAAUUCUCGAGGAUGGGAUCGAAGGAUGAUUCUGUAAUUGUUGCGGAAGUUAGGAGAUGAAAUUCCGGGAUAGAUGGAGGAGCAAGCCCUCCUGAGGGGCAAGUUUCUUUUAUAAACAAACAAACAGAAGACAAGCAGUUCCAAACGAAACACCCAAAAACCGGUACUAGUCCCAGUGCGGUAAUCCCCAGCGGUGUCAGCCGCUAUCGCGCGAGUGUCAAAACUUCCGGCGCGAUGCGUCUCGUCGCGCAAUACCGCUCAAUCUUCCGCGGCAGCUUCCGGAACUUCAAGACCGUAUUCCGGGAACGAGGGACUACGGCUGCCUGAACGGUGGGCAUUUCGCGUAACAUGCAGCGAGGCCGCGGGUUCUGGAAUGGAAGCCAGUGAGCCAUCGGGCGAGGACGUGGACUACCCGACUCUGUCCAGGAUCAGCUCGACAUCUGUUAUCGAUCGUCUCGUGGAAACGGUGAACACGACCGUCGAGGAAACCAUCUCCAGGGACGCUUAUCAACAGCAGAACGUGGUGUGGACGGUAGCUAAAGGAAUGGUGAUGAUCAGCAUCAUAGUGACCGCGUUGAUCGGGAAUGCGCUGGUGAUAGCCAGCGUCAGGCGCCAUAGGAAGCUACGGGUGCCCACCAAUCGCUACGUUGUCAGCCUGGCGGCCGCUGACUUUCUCGUCGCCGUCUGCGCGAUGACUUUCAACGCGUCCGUCGAGCUGACCGGUCGCUGGGUGUUCGGCAGAGUAAUGUGCGACGUCUGGAGCUCUUUGGACGUAUACUUCUCCACAGCCUCCAUACUACAUUUGUGCUGCAUCAGCGUGGACAGGUACUACGCUAUUGUCAGGCCGCUGGAGUACGCCGCCAUCAUGAGGAGGAUCACCGUGACCUGCAUGCUGGGCAGCGCCUGGCUGUUGCCCGCGCUGAUCAGCUUCAUACCUAUAUUCUUAGGGUGGUACACCACCAAUGAACACCUGCAGUUUCUCAAAGACAACCCAGAGGUGUGCGUGUUCGUGGUGAAUCGAGUGUACGCGGUGGUGAGUUCGUCGGUCUCCUUCUGGAUCCCGGGGCUCGUGAUGAUCGUGAUGUACUGCAAGAUCUACAAGGAGGCCGUGCGUCAAAGGGAGGCGCUCAGCCGCGCUUCGAGCAAUACCGUCCUAAAUAGUGUUCACUUGCACCGCGCGUCCACCUCCAGACAUCAUUCCAGGGCGUCUCAUCAAUUAUUGCUGCAUCCGAGCGAUGCCAGCGACUUCGGGAGGCCUAUGUCCUACAGAACCGCCGCGGAGUUGAACGUCGAGAACGGUACUUCCAUACGACAACAAACGAAAAGUUGGAGGGCCGAACACAAAGCAGCGAGGACGCUUGGAAUAAUAAUGGGCGCGUUCCUUCUUUGUUGGCUGCCAUUCUUCCUUUGGUAUCUAACGACGUCCCUGUGCGGCGAAGCCUGCUACUGUCCAGACACGGUGGUGUCCGUCCUCUUCUGGAUAGGUUACUUCAACAGCGCCCUGAACCCCCUGAUCUACGCGUACUUCAACCGAGACUUCCGCGAGGCGUUCAAGGACACGCUGAAGAGCGCGCUACCGUGUUGCGCGAGCUGCUGGAAAACGCCCUCGCAGUUCGUCUAGCGAGAGAAACCCCCGUGAACAGUCGCACCGAACACGCCAUUGCUCGAGAUCCAUGAGAGGAUUUGGUAUCGACUUGUCGACCGAACGGUCGCCCAACUAUCUGCGGCCGAGGAACGGCUCUACCUUGCUUUUCCUUUCACCUGUUCGCUGACAUUGUCUUCGACCACUCGCGAUCACUGCUACGAGCCUCUUGAAAGUCUGCUGUUUUGAGAAAUGAUUUUUACAUAACGCGCUGCUUCCAUUGUGCAAGGAUUUCGAACAUCUUUCGAUGGGUUUUGAUGAGAAUGGUCUUGAUGGUUAUUGUGAUUGAGAGAGUUUUUGAGAUUGACUGCUAUACCGAUCACAUAGUAUAUACUCUGAUUGGUUGUUAGUGAGAAAAGAAAAAUAUUAAUAAACGUCGGCUAAAAGAAAGAAAUGUAAUUUGAAGUAAUUGUGAAUCCUUUAUGUCCUAAACCAACUCCUUUUUAUCUUUUACUGCCAUUUGUAUUUUAGAUGCUACUAGAUUCUAUGAAUGACACAGAUGAUAGACGUAAGUGUUUCUUGCAGUCAUUAAGGCAUUGCGCGUAAUGGUUAAUUUCAAUUGAAUGAAGUUAAAUGUUGAAAAAUCAUGUUGUAUUUGGUUCAUAGUAGUGUCUUAUUGGCAAUAGCAAUUUAAAGUUCCUACAGGACAUAGAGCCUUAAUUUUAUUUAUUAAAUCGCUGUAGCCAACAAUAUAUGAAAGCCCAUGUAAGCCCAUGGUUGAUCACGUCACUCCCAGCGCAUGCACAUUGAAAUUGCACUCUCAAUCUGUGACACCACAGUGAUAAAACGUGAACAGAAGCUACAGUCCUUUAUUUAUAAAUGACACUCGCAUUAAACUAUCAAUUGUAAUCAUUAAAUCCCGAAUUACUACCAUUCUCAUCAAACUCCAUCGCCGCCAACAAAAUCAUCCAAAAAAAUAAACGAUGGAAACAAAGAAAGUAAAACGGACCAGUGAUCAUGAGCAGCGAAAAGAUUCCCUCGCGGCGAUAGUUACUUAACAUCGUUCCCGAUAGCGAGCUACGGAAUCUUUUGUAGCGGCAAACCGAGAUUACCUUAGAAAAUGACCGCCCGAGCUUAGAUUUCGAAUGGUUCGAACGAAGAAGCAAGCCGGAAAGUUUGCGAGCGAGUCACUUGAACGGAGAGAAAAUUUUGUUGCGCAGAGAGUACCGCCUAGAGAAACGACUGGAAAAGAAAAUGGAGGGCGCGAACCGUGCCGAGGAAUUAUACUCGCGCGUUUCUGUGUGCGUGUAUCAACUUAAUUCCCGUUCACAGCGACGCGAAAUGUGUUUUAGUCGAGGAUCAAGCAGCUCAUCGGUAUCAAAGGGCGGAACAGGCCUCCAAUUACGCGGUUGCUCGUUCGGCGAAAAUUCUUUUUCACCGCCGUAUGAAUACACCUGAAAUUCUGCCCCCUUUUCCUGCGUUCGUUCCCUUUCUCCCCUGAUUUUUAUUUUUCGUCGGGCAGCCUCUCGUGCAAAAAUUAGCUGCACACACUCAAUUAAGGGAGUUAGCGGAACGCCACGCGAUCCGCACCUUCGCGUCUGUGAAAUUAAUAAUCGGCUCGUUGGUUUCCUUAAUUGGCUCCUCGUGACGGGGAAAUUUGAUUUGCCGCUUAAUUAAGCGGCCAACCGGUGAUAUAAAAAUUUUAAUCAGGGCCCUGUUUUUACGGCCGCGCAAAUAGAAUUCGGUUUGUUCCACAGGUUGCUCGGAAAAACGGAAUACCGGGUCGAAUUAGGAUUUGCCUUCUAUUUCUGUAGUUUGAAAAAUGUUAUUUAAUGAUAUAACGAAAGUUCCGAGAAAUUUAUAGUGAAGCCUAUAUGAAAGGCUUGAAUUCGGAACUUUCUGCAUCUACAGUCUUGAUUAAUAAUUUAGAUCCGUGCUAGGCAACAUAAGUUCCGGACUUAUGAAUUAUGUUCGUUAGUUCGCUCACUCUUCGGUUAUUAGUUCUAUACUCCAACUCAGUUACGCUGUUUGUUGGCUUAAUAUCGUGCUACUCUCGAGAGUUACUCUUAUGUGGAUACGUUGCAUUAGUUUCUCUGAUUUCGAAGAGUUGGUCGUCUGUUAUCGUUCAACUUAUGAAGCUUCGUGCUUGGUACUGAUAGCGAGGUAUCUGUGGUUUACUAUUAGUCAUGGAAGUCUGCGUGCACUAUGUACAUCUUAGGUAUCGUGAAAACCAAGUAAUUUCGAAAUUUUAAUUGGUAAAUCAAGGAUUAAAUAAUGUAGCUUGUUAGAUUAAUUGAUAAGAAAAUAUAAAUUAUAAUGUGAGUUCUAUUACUGUGAUUAUAAAAGCGUUAUUGGAAUAUAUUUCAUCAUAUGUUCUAUGAUUAUAUUUUUGAUGAUAAAUAGCUAAGGUAAUUUUCUGUAAAACGAGGCACGUAGACAUUCCUGAUUGACAAUUUAUUAACAACAAGGAAUGUUGAAUUUUCAAAAUUGAUUUAUAAUACAUUAUUUUCAGUUAUAAAGAACAGUUUCGAGUGUCAUAACAUUUCAUUAACAUCCAACUACUUUCUCAUUUAAAAAAUUUAAAGAAGAUGCUUUCCCUAAUAUUUUCAAAAUUUUUAAAAGUCCUGCACCUGAAAGUGCCGCAAAAAUAAGAAAAUCUGAAAAAAGCACUUCCAUAUUCCCACCGUUGGGUGCCGGAAAUUGAUCCGAGCUGUGUCUGCCAUAUCGCGGCGAUGCCGCGCGAAAUUCGGUGUCGAUCAAGCGCACACAUCGCACAGAACGAACGCGUCAGCUUCGUGUUCAACGAGGGACGCACGGUUCGCGCCGUCCGCGCGCGAUAAAAUCGAUUAUGCUCGAUCGGCCGUUUCGCUCGGAUGAUUUAUUAGACACGCGUUAAUUAGCCCGUAGUGUAACAUAGGCCUUGGCCGGCGAGUUUCGCGGACCGUUCGGUGUGAACGACGAGUGCAAACGGUAUUUGAGACUGAUUUUAUGCAUUUCUGGACUCGAAUUAAGCCCUUCCUAGGAACUUCCUGCCCGUGGAUCGCAAUCAGUCCCCUCGUUACGGUCGAUCUCUUUGAGCGACCGGUUACCGGUCGGGCAACUCGCUGGAAUUACUGUUGUACAUAAGUCGAGUCUUUGGCAUUUCAAAGUUUAACACUGAAGGCUGCGUUUUUGAAACUUUGGGGUUUAAGCUUGAAGGCUGAGUCUUUGAAACUGUAAGGUUUAACCUUAGUGCUGAGUCUUCGAUACUUCAAGGUUUCGCCUUGUUAUUGAGACUUCGAAGCUUCAAGGUUUAAGCUUAAAUGCUGAGACUUCGAAGCUUCAAAGUUUAAGUUUAGUGCUGAGUCUUCGAAGCUUCAACAAUUAAGCUUAAAGACUGAGUUUUCAAGACUUCAAGGUUUAACCUUAAUGCUGAGUCUUUGAAACUUCAAAGUUUAACCCCAAAGGCUGAGUUGUCAAAGCUUUAGGGUUCAACCUUAAAGACUGAAUCUUGGAAGCUUUACAGUUUAACCUUAAAUCUUGGAAAGCUCGAUCUGAGCCUUAAGAACCUUCAACGCUCAAACCUGCAUGCUCGAACCGUAUCAACUGUUGCUAUGUUAACAUUAUACUGCCAUUGCUAUGUUAACGGGUAGUGUUAAUACAGCAAUGAACGGCUUGAAUCUUCGAAGUAAAGAUUGGAGCAUUUAAGACUUCAGCUUUUACAGCUCAGUGUUCGAGUUCUAAGAGCUCUACCUCUUAAAGCUUGAGUUGCGGAUACAGCUUUAGCUAAAGACUCAUUUUUACAACACCAGCUGGAAUCCCGAAUCGUUUCCGAAUUGAACGCGUCACGGAAAACCCAUGCUUCGACUUUGAUUGACGAACGGACGCCGUUUUAGAGUUGGAACGUGAGCUUUUGUUGCAUGCCAUGAAUGUGCGGUUAUGUCGCUCUUACUGGGAACCGUACGAUCCUUUCCGGUACGUGCUCGGUUUUCCUGAAUUCUGUCGGGCAUAUUUUUUUCCUAUUUAAUUGUUCCCUGGGAAAAGCUUUUGAGCUUGUUAUUUGGAAAACCAUGAUUUAAUUGGUACAAUGAAAAUGGUAUUCUUUUUCAUGAUCACAUACAUAAAAAUGGAAUAAAAGUUUUGUAAUAAAUUUCCAGGGAUUCAUGUAGCAAUUAAGUUUUAAAACUUUGAAAUAUUGAAAUUCCAAUGGAUUAGCAUUUGCUAAGUUAAUUAAAGAGUCCUUUGAAUGGAAAAAUAUUUGAAAUAUAGAAUCUGUUUACGAAUUAAAUUAAAAUUUAAUUAUUUUACAUUUAUCUCAUGCGAUGGGAUUGCUGUAAAGUGUACAAAUUCGCUGAUGAUACUUUAUUCCAAAAGUUUGCUUGACAAUGUGAAAUAUUUGCUCGAAUCGUUUCACAGAAAUGGAAGGACUGUUGAAAUUUCGUUUAAACGGCGAGCAACAGAAUGCAGACACGUUCACGAUCGAGUAUUUGGACGACUCGUGGCGAACAGGAAGCAAAUUUCGUCGUCGUCGUUCGAUGACGGGCGACGAAAACGAUUCAAGGGAUUCCGCGCACGACCGGGAAACUCGUAAACGAAAUUCGUUGGUCGAAUGAAUUAACAAUUAUAUAUCGAGGCUCGGUGUGACGACCGACGACACGGCGGCUGUCGGCAACCGGAAACGGGGGGAGAAAACGAUAAACUACAUACACACAUCUAUGUCUUUCGUGGGCACGCGCGAAAUUGCAAAUUUCGACAGGGAAUCACGUGCCGGAAACGCGUACCACCUCCGUGAACGACGAACUUCGCGGAAGAGGAAGUUCGAGCGAGACUUUGGCUGCUGUUUGCGCGCCAGUCAUGUUUCUGGUUUCAAUUACAGGCCCGUCUUCGGGCAAUUACGCGCACGUUGCAACUACAUUGCAUCCACAUACGACCGUGACGUAUAUGUUUUUACCGAAAUGCUUGUAUAAACGUGUUCAAUUGCUGUUUCGAUGUUUUGGUAUAUUUUAUUCAGCUGAACCUCGAAAAUACGAUUCUACGUUUCUGUUAACUAGACUGCGGAUCUUUAUACAUUUAUAUUAUAAAUAAAAUGUUGAAAAUGUAUAAAAAUACAAUUUUCGUUAGACCUAAGGAAGUUUCUUGCUUGUGUUCGAUGUUACGAGGUAUUUGAUAAGAAAAAUGAAUGUUUUGUGUAAUUAUUAUUUCGUGAAUUUUUAUGCACGUUCGCAGUCUAUUGUUAUAAAUGUUGAUUUGUUAAUUCUUGAAUUUCGUGUCUCAGCGCUCUUCGAGAAAUAAUUUAUUUGGUGUAUGUUUUAUUUCUGAAUGAGGGGAACAUUAUCGAAAUCGCUAGGACAGUUACGAUCAAUCCGUAAAGACCGAUUGAUCGGUUGUGAUUGUAAAUCAAAUUGUUCAAGGCAAGCAAUAUUUUUUUGUAAAACGACGGAAGCUUUUGUAACAAGGAAAACGAUCAGUAAUGAGAUCCGCGGUGAUUUGUAAGAUGGCGACGUCACGUGACUGGCGGCAAAUCAGCGUACGGGGUUUCCGAACACGCGUUGACUUUGUAAAUACGUUGUCAACCAUAAUCAUAGGUUGAAGGCAACCAGUGCUAAUUAGGUGUAAUUAGAAGACAACAAAGCUGUAUUAUCUGUAACGCAAUACUUAUUAACAAUGAGAUUGUUAACGAGAGAAGCGUGCCGGGCUGCGGGCUAGAAAUAACUGUGCGUAAAGAUGUAAUUAUCACCACACCUGUUUUCGGUCCACAGAGUUGCUUCGCGUAAAAAUUACUAACGAACGCUCUAAUUACAGAUCCUGCGUUGAAAAACACCCCAACAGCUUUGUCACGAAUUCCCCUGCAAUAUUCGCACACAUUUAUUCCCUUCGAUCCGAAACGCAAUCAAUUCUCAACAAAUUUCCUAAAAGUAUUCGAUUCAAUUUUCAAUCAGAAUCAAAUGAUACAAAAUAUUCUAUUAUAUUCUGACUACCAGGCACAAAAGAAACUUUUCAUUUUCAACACCUUCACCGCAAGACUAAGUUAAAAUUAAAGAAACACGCAAGAAUUUCAAAGUUUACUAUAUCCAUUUUGUAUUUCCUCCCAUCCUCCACUAAGAGUCCAUCUUUUUACUCACGUUUCCACCCAAAAACUGCGUACUACGUUGAAAUCCGGUAAUGAAACAUAAACUAAAGUGUCGACUAACGAAAGAACCAUCUAUACCAGGUUCAGCGCGAGAAAUCCCGGUCCCUUAGCGCCAGGGACAGAGUUUGGCCGCCAUUUUGUCGCUGAUCGCCAGCCCGGGCAACGCUUCUCUCCGCCGUUAGAGACUCGACUUUUUCUAGAGGACUUGCGAACGCUUUUACUUUCAUUCGUACGGCCUAUUGUACGCGUCUAGACUGUAUAAAUGUACCAUAGCAAUAAUUAAUCGAGGACUGUACAUACAUUGACGACGAACAAGACGGUGGUGAGUCCGAUGCUGCGUGUGCGUGUGUGCGUCGCAAAAUGUGUGCGCGUGUGGUGUCGUGUGCCCGUCGUUUUUGUAAACCGGUGUUACCGUGUAGCGUGCGUGUUCCGUGUUGCUUACAGGUGUAUUCACACAAUUCCCGAGCGACGUUAAUUAUUGUCGUAGCUGGCCCAAAGCGUGUCGAUAGUCUCCACGCGACAAUUCCACGGAUAGCAGCCAUCUUCUUCUUCUUCAUUUUUCUCGGGAGCGAGUCGUUUUCAUUUUUUUCGUUUGGAAGUCAGCGACCGACGUGGCCCGUCGAAUGCAAGCCAAUGCAACCCGAGGACCUUCAUUAAAAUUAUUCGAGCGUCGAUGCUCACGCUGCUCCUUUCACGGACUUCCGUCUUCCUGGCGGGCCUCCAUAUUGCUACUCUGUUCACAUUUUAUAAGGCUUUCUGUAAAUGUGUAGACCGUUUUGAAGUUUUCUAAUUGUCAAUCGAGUAAUUCUGUUUGGUAAAAUUAAUCAAAAGUAAAGAAUAACACUUUUUUAUUGAGGUUUCCUCUGUUGAGACAAUUUAGAUUGAAAAUUGUGAAAAUGACUGGAAUUAAAGAAAUACACGACAGAAAAUUGGAGAAAUCGAUUGUUUGGGAAGAAAUUAUUUUCGAAUUCCAAUUUCAAUCUUAGAAACAAAAGUUUGAAAUUGGAAAUUAUAUAGAAUGAACAGAGAUGGUAUAAUUGGCGAGAAGUUAUUCCUUAUGAAAAUAUGCUAAAGAAACGUGGAACGACAGUUGUAUAUUUGUGAAGUUUUUUUUAGAAAAUUAGAGAUGAACGUGUUCCAUUUCUUGGAAAAUGAGAUUUCAAAUGAGAAAAAUUUAUUCUACAUUUUUUAUUUGUCCGUUCUUAUAGAAUAACUCCUUAUCGAUUACACCAUCCGUAUUCUGUCGAGUCAGCCAAGUGCAUGUGUGCAUCAUAAAUUUUCUAUCUCAUACUUGAAGAUGGUUAUUGAAGGAUUUAUUGACACCCGUUUUGCUGAUGAAAGUGAUGAAAAUGAGGAUAGUUCAUCUUUAGCGAGCAAAGAAGGCGCAGUGAAAUAUGGCUCAUCUCGUGAGAAGGUUUAUUGUUGCGAGUACGUUGAAUGAUUAUAUAUGUAUACCCGGCGCUCGAAUGCUAUGAAUCCACAUGAAAGCAGACCUCCUGCCAAUUUUUCAUUCAAUAGUUAUGAGAGUAGCCUAGAGUUCACUGGUCCACGUGCACUUGGAAAGUUUAUUAUUGUGAGCCAUUUGCAAGUGGACACGUCGAAUAUUAUUCUCUAACAAUGGCAAAGAUUGUUAUAGAAGAAUGUACACUUGAAUUCAUUGAUCUCUGCGCAAAGAAAACAGAAUCUAAAAUUAUCUGCACCGAAUUCUACUUGAUUAUUCUUUACAUUUUGAAUGAAAAAGAACUUUAAAUUAUUAGAAUAUAUUUAAAUACUUAAAUAUGUAUAAUUUACCUUUAUUGAUUCGGGAUACAGAAAAUACAAUUUUAUUAUUGUUUAACUAAUAUUUCAAUAUUAUUGUAAAAAACAGUAUUAUGAUAAACCAAAUAUAAUAGAAGGUUCAAUGUUCUUUUCACAAUUGAUAUACAUUUGUAUUUAUCAGGUUCAUUGUUAAAUUAUAAAUAUAAUAUAAAACCGAUGCUAGAAAUCCACAAAUCGGAUGGUUUCUGAAAUUAAUUUUAAAUCCUCUUUCUUUAAAGCCAUUCUUUGAACACGGAUAUGGGAGCAGCGAAAAAAGAAAUAUUGCGGGCUUCGUUUCGAUGGGACACGCUGUCACUGAUCCAGCAGAACGUCAUCGGUCGCCUCAAUUCGCUCGGAUUUCCGAUUAAUCCUAUCGGUUACAUACGUAAUGCCCGCGAUAAUAACGAUCCGCGUGUCUCCGACGAUCGGUGGAUUCGACACGGAUAUCGGGAAGAGCGUGAUUUUCAAAGGGGAAUUAUAUUUGAAGCAAUUAAGCAGUGUCGAUGAGAAUCGGUCCCAACUGACAACCUCCAAUACAGAUUGCACUCAAAUCUUUCCGAUGAAAUGGACCGGGUAAACGCGAAUAUAAUCUCUUUCCGGUUCCAACGAUUGAUCUACUUCCCUUGCCAUAGCCAGUAAUAUAUAAUAAAGGUAAACCAGAACAAUUAAAUAUUUAUAGAACUCCUGAAUUAUUUUUCUUAUUUGGUAUUAUGUAAAAUAAUUUUAUUAUAAUUAGUUGGCCGAGCAAACAAUAAUUUUGCUAAGAAAGAAAAUUUUUUCUUAGUAUUCUAAAAUUGAGUUUUGUGUAAAGAAUAUUGUAUUUGUUAGAUAUCGUUUGAAGUUGAUAAAUCACUGAGCUGAAAAUUAAAAGCAUUAAAUAAUGUCUAAUUUUAAGGUAUGUUUCUGUUUUACUUAUAAAAGAAAACGCGUUGUAUUAAAUAUUUUCAUCAGGUAUAUACAAUGUGUGAGGUUCCAGAAAAUCUCGAUAACGUGUCGGAUAAUUAAAGUGUCAAAAACAUUCGGGGAGUUUGUAACUUUAUUUCUCGAAUAUUUGGUAAUUACAUUUUAUUGUUGAACAAGACUCCCAUCGGCACAAUUAAUUCGCUUAAUAAUGAAAGCUGGUUAAUGUGGUUCUGUUAAAUUAUAAAGCGUUGAUAAUCACUUUUUUUCGCGUGCACGGCGAGUAAUAAUGUGCAUGCAUGGGAAAACGCAAACAAAACGAAAUUUAUGGAAUUUAAUAUUUUUCCACGCUAUAUACAAAACCGUAUAUUUUUUUCAAUUUACUUUUCUUCCUUUUAACGUGUGAAAUAUAUGAACAACGUAUAAAUAAAAAUCGGAAAUUUCGAGCAAAUUCGAACGAUGCGAGUGAUUUUAGUGAUGGGACCAGAUAAAUCAUGAAUAAUCCUCUAUGAGUACUUUAUGCACCGAAAUUAGUAUGUACUCAUGAAUAUUUUCAAACUUCUCCACAAUAAUUUGUAUCUUUCAAUUAGAAAACGUAAUUAAUUAUAAAAAUUCAUUCGCGGAUCAUCAUACACUUCUAACGUAUGAAAAUUUGUGAAACACAAGGUAAAUAUUUCCAUCAGACAAAAUUGAGAAAGUUGAAAAAAUCCACAUUAAUGAUAGAGAAUAUUGUUUACAUGGAAAUGAAUUGUUCGUCUUAAUCUAUCGUUCGUCUGAAUUGUUUAUUAUAAUUUGGUCCCAUCGCUGACUGGAGCGAAUUAACAGUUUACCGUACGAACCGCGACAGCGUUUUAUUUUUGUAACGCAUGUGUUCCUUUCGUCGCGUCGACGGCGAAAUUUAUUUUUCUAUGUGAACACGGUUUACUUCGUCGACGCGUCCAGGUAUUUUCUAUCGGGCUUCCGUUCUAGCGUCACGGUUUAGAUUGUCGUAAUUAGAGAACUCCUCUGACUCUGUGCAAUUAUACCAAAGAGUACGUGUUACAAUCGCAAAAACAUGUAGCUUCAAUGUGAACCAUUGACGGAAUUAUGCGCGUCAUCGCUGAGCAGAAACUGGAAUGUAAUAAAUCUCCGCAUGGAUGGUGCGCUGCGGGACAUUGUUUUAUGCCGCGGACUCUGCAGUGCAUAAUCACUUUGCUGUCUACGAGCGUUAACACUUGGUCUGUUCCACGUUGAAUUUGAAAUUUGAACAGACAAAUUUCGAAAACGUCAUCUGCUACUUCAAAAGAUUGCAACUUUUGCUCCUUCAUUUUGGUACAUUACGUUUAUUGCGAAUUGUAAAGCAAAACGUUACACUGCACUCGCGAUGCAUUACUGUUUGGCCUGUUUCAAUAUGAAAGAAAUUUUGGAAAUAUCGAUCAUGUUUUUGGGGAAUAAAGCCUUGAGAUUGUUUGUUCGCAUUUGUUCCUAACAGGUGAAUAAGAUGCAAUAAAUGUAAUGGUACUUUCUUGAUUUCCCGUGGAACCGAUAUGGAAUGUAAGUGAAUCCAAAAUGCAAUUUCAAAUUAUAUUAUUGUAACAGGGGAAAUCGAAUUUAGGCGGGCUACUAGAUUCAAUCGUCCUGUAUCUUGAAAAAGAAAGAUUAUUGCUAAUUCAUUGUAUAUCGUAAAUUCAGAUUAAAUCUAAUUGCUCGUCUAAUUAGGUUAUCCCUUUAUACAUCUAAUCUCAGAACUAAGUGCUAAUUUCAAAAGUUUCUAAAUUUCUUUGUAAGAACUGUAAAACAAUUGUACGUUGAAACUAUUUCUCCAAAUCUUCAUACGAGUGACAAGAAUAUAUCACAAAAAUGUACGUUGACUCUAAUUUCAGAUUCAAACAUCUUUCUUUAUACAGCAAUAAAAGAAACGGCUUGGAACGUUGAAAGCAAAUGUUUCUUCGCCACGUAAAAGCUGGAAUACAAAAUACAACCCUCUAUGAAGAACCUCGCAGAGUAAAAAUUUGGUCACGUGAAUUUUCGUCCGAAAGAAGUGCACGCAACAAAGUUCGUUUGCUUUUUAGCUGAUAUAACUUGUUUCCCAACGACGAAAUGAAGAAUUUAAAAUUCACCUCGCACGUCGGAUUGAAACGAUGAGCAGUAUAAUUUUCAUUUCAGUUUCUUUCCCUCUUAUUCCACGACGUACAAUAUUUUUACAGUUCAUACAUAAUGAAUGCAAUCCAAAACGGCGCUUUGUUGAAUUUUCUACGCGAUCGACCCGACGCGGGACAAUGCGUCAACCCGGACCAGCGGUUAUUCCGAAUUAUCAUUUGAAGCGUUUUAAAUGCGGCUCGAGAAGGUGAUACAAAGUUACCGUCAGUAUGCACUGGAAGGUGAAUCCGUACUUUGUACUUAUCGCUCCUCGUCGGACGAGUAACGUUCACGGAACUUGAAUUUUGCGUAACGCUCCCCCGUGAGCGCGAAUGAACGCGCGCGCGCGAUGAAAGCUCCGUUGUGAACGGAGUCGGAACUUUCAUGAAUAGCGAAAAAACUAUUAUUCGAAGAAAGUAUU